AUAAAUUAUCUGAUGGAGAAUAUGCUUAGUUAGAUAGGUCAGAUUGUUGACGAGUCGUCACAGAUUUACACUGCCGUACAUGUCAGUGACCUCAGUGAUCUACAGCAGAACAAACAAUGCCAAAUGUUCUGUCUGUUGAUGGUGAGGUAGCAGAUUGUACUGUCAACGAACGAGAGCUACGGAUUACUACCCUGGGUCGAGAGCAGAAAGAAACUACCGCAACACUAGACGACGUCAUAAGAAUAGAGACGAAUGCCAUUGAGCUGAAUGCCUCCACUGACCAAUCAAAAUCUACAAAACCAAAAUGGCUGUGUAAGGUACACUACAUCACACGGAAGAAGUUGAUAUGGAAACAGGCCACAUUGUGUAUAACUGGACAGGUGUUGGAGUGUCAGCAAUUCGUCUCAGAUCUACAGUUACACUUCCAGAAAGUGUAUGACCAGCGACCUAAACGUCUCUUGGUGCUAGUAAACCCAACAAGUGGCGGCAGAUAUGGACAUAGCAACUGGAGGAAAGUACUACCUUUGUUUGAACUCGCACACAUUACCUGUGACGUCAAAGUAUCGGAAAGAGAAAAACACAUGGAGGAGAUAGUAACAGAGUACGACUUAUCUACCGUGGAUGGCAUAGUUGUUUUUGGCGGAGAUGGGUCCGUUUCUGAGGUGCUCAAUAGGGUUCUCAGGAUAACAAAUGACAAGGCAGGGCUCAACUACAAUGAGAUGGAUGGUCCCUUUACUGCUAAUACCAUACCUAUCGGUACGAUACCCUCUGGUACAGGGAACGGCAUGGCAGCCGGUUUAUAUGGAAAUCACGACAUCGUCACAGCAGCUCUACACAUUAUUAAAGGGAACACCCGAAUGCUUCCCCUAAUGGCGGAGUACAGCAGUAACGAGUUGUUAGGGUAUUCCUCGGCGGUAACUGCCUACGGCCUCUUUACAGACAUGAUGUACUACACCGACCAGAAACGCUGGAUGGGGAGAGCGCGUUAUGCAAUAAUGCCCCUGUACAUUCUAUUGUGGAAAACGCAAAGACUCUUUAACGCUGAAAUAACAAUCAGGACCAGGCAAAAGAAACAAGCUGACGACGAAGAAGAAACUGAAGUGGAAGAAAAGCUUGAUGGAGAGUUCACUACUGUAGGAUUCUUCCCUGGACAGGUGUUUGGAUUAACAACUGGACAAAUGGUCGCUUUGAUAUAUCGACAGACUCCCAGAUUAGAUUUUUUGCGAAUGAUAUCUUAUCAAUUUACACAGCAGCUUCCAAGGGAAGAGGAUUUUCCUACAGUUACAAUACGUCAACCUUCAAGUCUCAGGAUAAAGGUUAAUCCAAAGGAUUUAGGGGACGAGAAUUGCCUUAAUUACAUGAUGCACAUUGACGGAGAAAUACACACCAUGAAAGAGGCCGAUGUGACAAUUAAGUUACUUAGUAACGCAUGCAAGGUUUACUCGUCGAUGUACACAGACACAGAUUCACAGGCUCAUAUAACAGGAGAUUCAGCAAAUACGUCUGCAUCAGUGUCGCCCCCCGACAAGAAAAUGGCGACGGACAACGAGGAGUUGAAGAACGCAUAGCUGUCAACAGGUCCAUUGUGAAAAUUGAAACUACUUCACACAGAAUAUGAAAUUAUAUGCAUAUGUGACUUUGAGAUGACAACACAAAUCUGUGUAUACAUAAAGAAGGUGACCAAGUGGUUAAGGCGUCUGACAUCCUGUUACCACUAGCCCGCCAUGUAUUGGCGGUAGGUCGGUGGUUUUUCUCCGGAAACUCGGGCUUUCCUCCACCACCAAAACCUGGCACGUCCUUAAAGGACCAUAGCUGUUAAUAUGACGUAAAACACAAACAAACCAAACCAAACUAACGAAGUUAUCAAACGAGUGAUGAUUGAUUAUAUAUCUCUUUUCUAAUGGAAACAUUUCCAUGUACUUAGUAAAACCAAUGAGAUAUACAAUACCUAAGCUUGCUAAUUGAAUAUUUCAAUCAAUUAUAAUCAGGCGUCUGGAGUUGGAUAAUUUGUUUUUAAAAGCAAAUAAAGACAGUAUGACGUCACGCCGCGUAAGCUUUAUUCAAACUGUGAAAUUAUAAAAAAAAUAUAUACCACGGACUAGAAUGAUCACAGUGGCUCCAAUUCGAUAUGGACAAAAUGUAUUUUACUACGACAUGUCAUUGGUACCAGAAUUUUAGACACGCAACUCUUUUAUUUAACGCUACAAUUUAUGUCUUUAUGUAGUGUUAUGCAAACACUUAAAUAAACGGUGGUGAAAAUUGCUAAUACAAGGUAAAGUAUCAUACUCCAGCUUAACAGCAUCUUCUUAUUAGUCAAAUUUAACACUGAAAGUGAUCUCAUCUUUUGCUGUGAUCAAUUAUUUCUUAUAAAAAAGGGUUUAACAUGCCAAGAACGAAAUGCAUGUCAUUAGUCACACACAUGUAUCUGUGACUAUUUCUUGUGUGAUAAAUCAUACAGAUGUUGUUAAAGUCAUAUCAUUUAACGUGGAAAACUAAAUAAAACAUUUGGAACAUGGG